AUGGAAGAAGGAACCCUUUCCACUCUGAUCCAGUUCUAUGACCCAUUGUAUCAUUGCUUCACCUUCCCUGAAUAUCAACUAUUGCCUACCUUGGAAGAGUAUUCAAGCAUUAUUGGGUUACCUAUUACUAGAAGAAUCCCCUUCACUAGUUUAGAACAAGAUCUCAAGCCUUGUGAGAUUGCAAAAUCCACUCAUUUUAGAAAGGGAGAAAUUGAAAAGAACAUGGUUACUAAAGGAGGAUUACCUGGGUUACCUGCUGAGUUCUUAAUCGAGAAAGCUCUCACCUUGUCACAAGAAAGAAAGGAAGAAAACUUUGAUGUUGUUUUUGCCUUGGACACUUACUAUUCUAUUCAUCUUAGAAAUUACUAUGGAAAGGGAAUGGUUACCUGUUGUACUCCUUUGCUAUACAAGUGGCACAUAUCUCAUCUACCUGAAUUCUGGAGCCAGAAAGAAGGAUUGAAAUGGUCACACAAGAUCGCGACUCUUACCAACACUAAGAUUUUUUGGACAAGCAAUCACUUCUAUAGAAUGAAGACUUUAGACUGCUGUGGUGAUUUCCCUAAUGUGCCCCUCAUUGGUACAAAAGGAGAAAUCAGCUAUAGCCCCGUGUUAGCUCGUCGUCAAUUUGGGUUUCCUAUGGACAAAAGACCAAGGAGCAAUUUAUUGGAUGGGUUCUUUCUGGAAGAAAGAGUUGAGAACAAAGAGUUUAGAGAAAGGAUCGCUAAUGCUUGGCAUCCAAGCCAUAGAAGAGAAAUCAAGGAUUGGAAGACCAAAGGGGAUCUCUCUCUUGAGACCUUUGAUAGUUGGGUAUUCUCCCUAGAACAACUGCACCCCCAAUUGAGGAAUAUGUUCCACCCAUUGUAG